AUGCGUGAUGAUGAUUUUUUUGGUGUUGGAGGUGGUAAUGGUGAUGGUAAUGUUGGUGAUGUUUGUGGUGUUGGAGGCGGUAAUGGUGAUGGUGAUGUUGGUGAUGUUUGUGGCGUUGGAUGUGGUAAUGGUGAUGGUGAUGUUGGUGAUGUUUGUGGUGGGGGAGGAAUAAGUGGUGGCGGCGGAUGUGUUGGAGGUCAUGAAGGUGAUGAUGGUGAUGUUGGUGAUGUUUGUGGAGGUGGUGCUAAUGGUGUUGGUAAUUGUGAUGGUGAUGGUUGUGGGGUUGAUGUUAAAUGUGUUGGUGGUGUUUAUGUGGUGGUGGAGUUUGAUGUGGUGGUUCUGGUGGUGGUGAUGAUGGUGGUGGUGCUGGUGGUGGUUGUUGUGGCGGUGAUGGUGAUGGUGGUGUUGGUGAUGGUAAAGGUGAUGAUGGUGGGGUCGUGGUGCUGA